UUUAUCACAACUUACAGAGAUACAAACUGUACAAAGACAAGGUCGAGUGAUGCUUUUAAACUUUGUCCUACACAGAUUUAGGGCGUCAGAUAAUGUUUCUCUUUCAACCAUGAUGCUUCUUCCACGAGAAGUGUUAUUAUAUCUGCUGAUGACUUUACUGGACAUGUGUGCAGGAUGUAUCGAUGGAAAUAAGUUAUUGUAUUUAUUAAAUCGAUGUUUGGUCUCUGAAAUGUCAGACAUACUGGUCACAACCUCCCAAAGCCUGAGGUGACGUCUUCACAUGUCGUGUUCUGUCCAAAAGCCAAAGAUAUUCAGUAGCAGACAAACUGAGAAUCAGAGUUCAUCUGGCAUCUUUGCCUAAAAAUGACUUAAGGGAUUAAUCCAUGAUCAAAAUAGCUGUAGCUGGGAUCUAUUUGUCAAUUCACUAAUUAUAGUCAUUACCGCUCUUGUUUGAUGUGAAUGAAAAAAUCAUGUGUGUCUGUGUGUGUGUUUGUGCAGAAGACAACGCAAACAAAUGCCUCUUAACUUCCACACGUCUCUGUAUCAACAGUCGACCAAUCAAACGUUCUUAACCAAUGUCCUCGUUGCCUCACACAAAGGAGAUAGCGCUUAUGAAAAUACUUUGGCUGGAAAAAAUAACAGUAAAUAUCUGUUGUCGAGGCCGCGCUGUUAUUCAACCACAAGCCGUCAGUGACGUCAGUUUCAAAGGAAGAGCUCUGUGCACCUCACCCACUCUGUAGUACGCUGCUGUACCAUUUAACUCUCAUAUUGCACCGACCUUAUGUUUGUUCUGGGGUGUACUAUGACUCAUAAUGCCAAUAUGAUUUUGGUUCUUACACUGUUCUUCAACUUUGACAUUCUCUGACUAGACUAAAAAAAUAUUGGUAUUUCUGAGGUGUUUUGGUUGCAUGUGCCGGCUUCCUGCCUGUCAGGCCCGCUCAGCUCACGCCCGGGGUUUGAAGCUUGAAGGUUAUUUAUUCUGCAUCAUCCACGGUCCGACCAUGACAUGACCCCAGAUGCACCCAUCCACCUGCUUUGCCGCUUUCUGAGCGGGCAGACGGCGACGAGGCAGAGAUCCUGUUUAUCGGAAACUGUUCGGAAAAUGGGCCGUUGGCUUUUGGAGAGGGGGGGUGCGUAGGCGACCCGGGGGGAGGGGUAUCUCUGAACCUGUCUUUGGCGCUGUGCACCCUCUUUUGAUACAACAGGAAGGAGAGUGAGUGACAGAAUGUGCGAGAGAGGCAGACAUCCCGAGGGAGAAACGCUUAACCCCAAGUUCUGACAGAGAGAUCAGACGUUUUAGGUUCUGAGCGUAGAAGGAAGUACAAAAAAAACGAGAGUGGUUUCCAAAAGACCGAGAGGAGGAACGCGAGGGAGAAGAAUCUGUUGGUGCACAGAGCGAAAAUAUGGAUGCCAUGAGGCGCACGCUGCUGACUGUGCCCGUGCGCAUAAAGACAGGGAAGGUGGCAAUGUCUCCAGGAGAGGACGGUCUGAUCGGGAUCCCCUUCCCAGAGCACAGCAAUGAGGUCUUGUCCCACCUCAAUGACCAGAGGAGGACGGGGCUCCUGUGUGACCUCACGCUGACCUCCCGCGGGGCUCGCUAUCCAACUCACCGCUCGGUCAUGGCCGCCGUCAGUUUAUACUUCCGUGGGCUGUUCGGGGCCGAGGAGGGGGGCGGCGAGGGCGGAGGGGGGUUCAGCGUUUGCCAGCUGGACUGCGUGGCGCCCGAUGCCCUGGACGCCUUGCUGGAGUUCGCCUACACCGCCACGCUGACCGUCCCGAGCUCUGGCAUGAGAGACGUGCUGCGAGGGGCUCAGCUCCUGGGCAUCCAGUGUGUGGCUGAUGCCUGCAGAGACAUCCUGGGGGAGACGGUGGAGGCCGAGGGGGAGACGGCCGAGGAGCAGAGAGCCCAACACACAGCCCCCAAGAGGAUGCCAGAGGGAGAGAGGGGUGUAGAGAGAUGCUCCCGGAGAAAAAAUUACAAAAAGAAAGUGAAAAACGUUGGGUUGCACCACAUCACUUCCUCGGUUUUGAUCGCCUCACCUGCUUCUCCCAUCUCUCACCCUUCGCCUGCGUCCGACAGCCUCCGCUCCUUCCCGUCCACCCAGCCGCCCAGCCCCGAUCAGGAGGAGCUGUGCCCCAAGUUAGGGCAAAACGGAGGAGACCCCAGGUUGAUCAGAGAGCCAGGGAGGGGUGCCACCAUGAACGGGGGGCCGCUUCACUGGAUGCAUGAGCGCCCGCGUUCAGCCCACCCUCCUCCUGUCCCACGAUCGAUUGACAAGCUGUCGGAGAACGAGGACAUGGAAGGCGAUGACGGCGUGCUGAUGGGAAGCACCUCCACGCCUACAUCUGUCGCUGAGCGAGGAGCGGCAACGUCAGCGGUGGGAGCGGGGAGGAAGAGGAAGUCUCAGACGCCCCAGCAGUGUCCCGUCUGUCAGAAGAUCAUCCACGGGGCGGGAAAACUGCCCCGGCACAUGAGGACACACACCGGAGAAAAACCCUUCCAGUGCUCGGCCUGUGGAGUCCGCUUCACCCGGAAUGAUAAGUUGAAGAUCCACAUGAGAAAACACACAGGCGAGCGCCCCUACCCAUGCCCCCACUGCCCCGCCAGGUUCCUACACUCGUACGACCUCAAAAACCACCUGUCCCUCCACAGUGGGGCCCGACCCUUCGAGUGCCCGCUCUGCCACAAGGCCUUUGCCCGGGAGGACCACCUCCAACGUCACCGCAAGGGACACAGCUGCCUGGAGCUGCGCACACGCCGGCCCAGGCGUGGUCCUGAGCUCCUGGAGGACGAGAGCGAUGGGGGCCGGAGGGAGCACUCCAACCCUCUUGAUGCUUUGUCGCAUGCCCACUCCUCUGCGUUUCUCCCCAACACGGCCCUGGACGGUGGGGGCGGGUCCAGCCCCGGCCCUUCGCUGCUGUUUCCAGGCGACGUGGAGAGGGGCCGUUUCGCCCUUCAGGCCCUGGCUCAGCUCGGGCCUCACAGGGGUAGGCUGGUCGGCUACCCUCAGCUCUUCCUGCGGGGGCUGGAUCUGCGAGGGGCCAGAGAGGCGGAGAUAGAAGAUCCAGGGGGAACCCAUUCGCCGGCUGCCUUCCGCGAUCAAUGGGCAGAUGAAGGAGAGGAGGAAAUCGGAGAUGAGGAAGUCGAGGAGGAGGACGACGAAUAGUGGAAGGAGAGUGUGUGUCUGUGUGUGUGGGUAAAGCAUCCACAGAAAAAAUUUAAAAAUUAAAAUAAAAAUCUCACUCAGGUGGCUGGACUAAUGACCUGCUGCUCCUAUAUACAGAGCGCUUUAAAGAAAACGAUAAUAUUUAAAGAAAAUAAUGGAAAACGGGUUUUCAGAGAUAUUUUAAAUGUUUGUCUUCUGGCUAUUGGAAUUUAAUUUCAUUUGUCCUUUUAAAUUGUAUUCCUUGUUUGCUGUUUUAUUUGUAUGUAUUUUAGGUCUGAGCUGUUUCUUUAUGAUUGGAUUUUCUAGCUGGACGUGUGUGUGUGUGUUUCAAGUGUGUGAGUACUGGGAUGCUUUUCACUAUGCAAACUAAAAUCCAGAGCAGCAAGUUGGAGGGAUAUUUGAAGAUGUAUAUUUUAGCUACAAAUAUAAUGUAUUGAUUCAGGUGCAAUCCAGAACUCAUAUCAUGUAUAUCUCAAGAAUGUGUGUGUGUGCUCACUGUCCUCUGGUGGUUAUCAGUGGAACUGCAGCCUAAAUCCAACCUGCACAUUAUAAGCAAUAAGGUUCUUUUUAUCUUUUCUUUCUGAUUUUAAUUCUGACUCUUUGCUUUGAUUUGGUGCUUGAACCAAAAGAUUGUAGUUUUGUUUUUCUUGGAUCUCAAGUUAACAGGAGAGGAGAGAAGUGAUUUGUGGCAAAUGUUGGGUUUGAAGAGAAAAAUCCUGCCCAACUGUUUAGAUCGCCAUGAGAGAGCAUCCAUUUCCAUAUGUGAGUGUUGCAGAGCGGUAGAGCUCUGUGUUCGAUGCCUGACCAAAAGAGACGAAUUUUGGAUGAAUGAGUUGAUGCUGAUUAAAUGUUGAAGACAAUUCUUCCUUUUCCCAGAGGCUGCGGAUUUCAGUCUUCCAAUGCACUCCUUACGGUUUCCUUGUUCGGGGAGAAAUCAAAAAAAGUAGAAAAGGGAGCCAGGUGAGGGUAUGAAUGAUCGCUUUCCCCCUGUCUUCUGUAUUUAUUUAUUUAUUGUUAUUUAUUUAUGGCUCUUCUGUUGAAACUCUUGCGCAAGAGCAGAUCCAGGGUUGGAAACAGAUCACAACACCUUUACUCGACUAAGUCUUACAAGAAGCUGCAUUGCGAUAUCGAUUUUUGGCUCAACAUCUCCGUAUACCUAAACGCCUUUUUUUUACGGGCUGCGUGUCUUCUUUUGGCGAUUCUUCCUCAAAAGCGUUCUUUGCACAUUGAAGCCUGUCAGGUACUGCAAUAACACAGGCACAUUCCAUCCUCCGGGGUAGAGAGAGAGAGAGAGAGAGAGAGAGAGAGAAGGGAACAGAGCAAACAAAACUUUUUGUAACUGGACCACGAGAUGACUUUGCUGUUUGACGUUUCCAUGCUUUUCUGUUGUUGAAUCAACAUGUAUAGUACUGUAUCAUUGCAUGGCAGUUCUUAUAGAUCGGCCACCGCUGUGUCUAAAGGGGCCAUUAACUUGUGUUUGUCUGUCUUUGACCAAAAACCUUUUUAGUUUCAUUACGCUUCUCUGGACCAGUACAUUACAGGCUGUAAUGCAGUUAUUAAUGGCUUCUUAAAGACAUGCUGUUGUCUUCUUAUUUCCAAUUCCUGUGAUACCCAUGUAGCCAGAACCUGCUGUAGCAGUUGAUCCGGUCUGGCCUUGUGUGCACUAUCCGCUCCUUGCUGUGUAGUAAACCAUUUUUAUUUUUUUUAUUUCCUGUUUAUUUGCACUAUGAGAUUUGAGAGCUUCAAGCCUUUUUGUCUGAUUUUCUGUCUAGUCCAUUAACUCACUCAAUUCCAUUUUAAAUUUGUGAUCGAAAUAGACAAUAGGACGACGUCUUUGUAACACACAUACAUCGAAUACUCUUCCUCCUGUAUACUGGUACAGCUAUUGUCAAAUGUAAUAUAUUGGGAGUUGCCUUUGGGUUUUUUUGUGCUGCAACUAUUCUCAGGAAAUCUUGAGCAAUGCACUAAGUGAUUAUACAAAAUUAUAAAAUGGGAAGAAAUAGUUUGGUGCUACAGGGCGACUCACACUCGUCAUUUAAGUGUAAGGCCAGUAGUUUCAAGAAGAUGUGACUUUUGUAUUUUAACAUUCAAAGAAAAAACAAUGAUUCAAACCUAUCGUGAGGUGAAAACAGACAAAUGAAAGUAAACUGCUGGCCUUACUGGAACCAGUCCUACUGGAAUGGCGGAGUGACAGUUGGUCCUGUUCGUGGAGGGUGUAGCUGCUCCCAGUCGGAGCAGUGUGAGUGAAUGAGGGUUAACUGAUGCCAGCUGUGAAGUGUGUGUUUCUGUGUGAGCUGUUUGUUUUCUUGGCUUCGGUGAAGGGACAUGGGGUCUGUAAUGAGCAGAGACCCCGCUAUCAGGGAUACAUUUUUUUUUGUCUUUGAGUUUUUAGUGGAACCUUCUCAGAGCUAUGAAUUUAUUGUCCCAUGUUUCAGUUCUUGUAAAGAAAAGAAAUAAAGAUAUCUAAGCUUGC